CAGCAGCGGCGGAAACGGCCGGAGCCAGAAGCGAUAGAGCACGGGGAGAGCAGCACGUACCGGGGUAUGACUUUCGUGCCCGGAGUACCCAUGCACCCGGAGUAUAACUCGUAUAGCUCAUGCCCAGGGAUGGUAAGGGCUCCGGAUACCCAGGGGGCUUCAUGCCCCUAGCAGCCUGAUCUACCCCAGGAGUUUUUAUUCCCAGGACCUGACUUUUUACCCCGGGGUUUAGCCCCCGCUGAUGCCCAGGAUGUGACUUUGUAUAUGGGAUGUGACUUUGCUGUCCCUGAGAUCUGAGUUGUGCCCUGCUAAUGCCACCAGACCCAGGCUGCCUCAAUGGCCGGAUCAUGAAGUGUUUGACUUUCUUUCUUCUGCUUCCAGAGACCCUAAAGAAGUCUAGAAAGAGUGCACGGACCAGCGGCAAGCUGCCACCAUGCUAUGAGAUUGUGCCCUUAGCCCUCAGGAAGAAGAUGGCUGCAGAGCUUUACCCAGUUAGUGCAAACACAAACAUCACUAACAGUAAUAACACUGCUGCAGCCAACGCCAAGAAGAACGCCCUCCAGCUCCAGCAGAGCACACCGCCAGCACCUGAACUGCACAACCUCAACAACAACCAUAUAGAGAGCCGAAACUGGCAGAGCUCCCACCCAACCCUGCGGGAGAGGAAUGCUCUGAUGUUUAACAACGAGCUAAUGGCUGACAUACAUUUUAUCGUUGGCCCAGCAGGGGCAUCUAAAAAAGUACCUGCACACAAGUAUAUUUUGGCAGUUGGAAGCUCUGUGUUCUAUGCAAUGUUUUAUGGUGAUCUCGCAGAGGUAAAAUCGGAAAUCCAUAUUCCAGAUGUGGAGCCUGCAGCAUUUCUGAUCCUUUUAAGGUAUUUGUACAGUGAUGAAAUAGAUUUGGAAGCAGACACUGUGCUUGCCACGUUGUACGCUGCCAAGAAAUACAUCGUACCAGCAUUGGCCAAAGCCUGUGUUAAUUUCCUGGAGACUAGUUUAGAAGCAAAGAAUGCCUGUGUUCUGCUUUCACAAAGCCGGCUUUUUGAAGAGCCAGACCUGACUUUACGUUGCUGGGAGGUCAUAGAUGCUCAAGCAGAACUAGCGCUGAAAUCUGAAGGCUUCUGUGAAAUAGACCUGCCAACUUUGGAGAUCAUUGUCACACGCGAGACUCUGAACACUAAAGAAGACGUUGUUUUUGAGGCAGUUUUGAACUGGGCAGAAGCUGAAUGUAAACGACAAGGGUUACCAGUUACACCCAUGAAUAAAAGGAACGUUUUGGGAAAGGCCCUAUAUUUGGUACGGAUUCCAACAAUGACACUGGAGGAAUUUGCCGAUGGGGCUGCCCAGUCUGACAUUCUAACCUUGGAGGAAACUCGCAGCAUAUUCCUGUGGUACACAGCUGCUAACAAACCCAAGUUAGAGUUCCCCCUUAUAAAAAGGAAAGGCCUUGCAUCCCAGCGAUGCCAUAGAUUUCAGUCCUCUGCCUACCGCAGUAACCAGUGGAGAUACAGAGGCCGCUGUGACAGCAUUCAGUUUGCAGUGGACAAAAGGAUAUUUAUAGCAGGACUAGGGUUAUAUGGCUCCAGCUGCGGUAAAGCAGAGUACAGUGUCAAAAUCGAACUGAAACGGCAGGGUACAGUUCUUGCCCAAAACAUAACUAAAUUUGUUUCAGAUGGCUCCAGUAACACAUUCUCGGUUUGGUUUGAGCACCCAGUACAAGUGGAGCAGGAUACGUUUUACACUGUAAGCGCCAUCCUGGAUGGUAAUGAACUAAGUUACUUUGGGCAGGAAGGCAUGACCGAAGUACAGUGUGGAAAAGUUACGUUCCAGUUUCAGUGCUCUUCAGACAGCACCAAUGGAACUGGAGUACAAGGAGGACAGAUUCCUGAACUCAUCUUUUACGCAUGACACAUUUCACAAAAAGCUCUCGACUUAUAAGCACACUGCCCCCUCCUUUCCCAGAAGGGCACUAUGGGAAGCCCCUUCACCACACUGAAUGAAUAUUGUUUUAUAUCAAACUGAACUUCAGUAUGGAAUGUAACAGACAGCUGUCAAACUCCGACUGAAGGAAUGCUUUUAGAAUUUAAUGUUAUUUUAUUUAUUUAUAAGCUGAAUUAAUUAUUAAAACUGCACUAUGCAGGGAUACGUGUCGGCACAAUGUGCAUUUAUUUUGUAUAUAGAUAACUUCCAUGCAAAACAGAAAACACAGCUUGCUCAGGAUCAAGCAGAAUAUAAAUAUGUGAAAAAUAUAAAACCUUUUUACUCCUACCCAAA